GAACACACACACAAAAAAAGAGAGGAGAAAAAGAAGAUGGAACAUUUCCUAGCCCAACCCAAGCCCAUUAUAACCCUACUCGCAAAAAAGAGAAAAAUUAUGAAAUAGAUUAGUAUUCUAAAAUCCUCCUCAAAAAAAAGAUUAGUAUUCUAAAAAGCGCGAAUUCAGAGGGAGGGAGACAACAAUGGCUCAGUCUCACUGCGUAAAUUCUCCGACAACUCUCGCCGGAAAGCUCUCCCUCAGAGCAAACUCUCCCUCCGUGUCCCCACACUUGCUUAGAGCGUUUAUCUCAAGCAAAAUCACUCGCACGAAGUUUUGUUCAAUGGUAAUUUCUGCAUCAUCGUCGCCUUCUACAGUUUCUGGCGGACCCCCAAAAUCGCUGUUGUUUGCCAACAGUGAACGCAAGAAUGAAUUGAUGGAUGCUAUCAAAAGCUCUCUAUCCGAUUGUCUUUCUGAAACCCAUCUUGAUUCAGCUGUUCCCGGUCUCCAUUCCAAAACCAGAGGCAAGGUGAGGGACAUCUAUGACGGAGGAGACUAUCUUGUCCUUGUCACAACUGACAGGCAGAGUGCUUUUGACAGGGUUCUUGCUUCAAUUCCCUUCAAGGGCCAGGUACUGAAUGAAACUAGUCUGUGGUGGUUUAAUCAAACUCAGCACAUUAUUCCGAACGCAAUUGUGUCCUCUCCAGAUAGGAAUGUAACAAUUGCAAAGAAAUGUUCUGUUUUCCCUGUUGAAUUUGUUGUCAGAGGUUAUGUAACCGGAAGUACUGAUACAUCACUAUGGACUGUCUACCAAAAGGGUGUCCGUAACUAUUGUGGCAAUGCGCUUCCCGAUGGGAUGGUGAAAAACCAAAAGUUGGCAGCAAAUAUACUCACACCGACUACUAAAGCAGCAGAUCAUGAUGUUCCCAUAACACCUGAAGAGAUUAUCCGGAGCGGAUUGAUGUCUGAAUCUGACUAUAUUGAAGCAAGUAAAGCAGCACUGAGCCUGUUUGAGUAUGGGCAGCGCAUUGCACGGGAGCAUGGCCUGAUUCUGGUGGAUACUAAAUAUGAAUUUGGUAAAGGAUCUGAUGGUGCUGUGCUCUUGAUAGACGAGGUGCACACACCAGACUCAAGCAGGUAUUGGAUUGCCGAUUCUUAUGAAGAUCGCUUUCAAAAUGGUCUCGAACCUGAAAAUAUUGACAAGGAAUUUUUGAGGUUGUGGUUCAAAGAUAAUUGCAAUCCUUAUGAAGACGAGGUCUUACCCGAUGCACCUGAAGAACUCGUCUCUGAGUUGUCUUGGCGGUAUAUCCUCUUGUAUGAGACGAUCACAAAAUCGAAGUUUGAACUGCCCUCGACUAAGGAACCUAUACAUGAGAGAAUAUCCUCCAAUGUUUCCCGUGCACUUUCGUCUCUUCCGUAGAAAACCAUCAGCAUUUUGGUGGUGGUCGUGGUCGUGGUCGUGUUGGGGGUUGGCAGUAGAGCUCUUUUGGAUCUUAAUAUGUCCUUGCUUAUGUAGUCGAGAAAUAUGUGUUUGUAUUUUGUUGAUAGAAUUGUGGUUAGAGUUGCCAUUGGAUCAUGCUCCAUAAUCUUUAGCAACCUGUUCAAAAAAUUAUCAGUAAUUAAUAUGUUCUGAUUUA